CAUGUUUUUGAUAAGGAAAGAGCUACUAUUUUUCCUCAUUCCCUUUCUCGUUCAUAGAGAUGAUUUUACCACACAUUUAUAUAAAUGUUAGAUUGGAUUAAUUGAAUAAGUGCCUAUUAAAAGUGGGACAGUAAGGACUGGCAGCAGCUCUAAAGUUUUGUCCCUCCCUUCAUCCACUCAUCCAGGUCAUUUUUCAGCUCAGCGUGUUUUAUGCUAUGGCUGAAUAUAACACCAUUACAUCUUAAUUUUCUUUAGGGAAUACAGUUUAUUUUGCUGUUUAAGUCUUUUUUGGUUAAAGUGCAAUGAUGAUCCACACUCAGCAGAACAGUAACCUCAGCGGCGGGCAGCAGAACCCGCCCGGGUCAGACUCCUCUCUCAGCCGGGCGGCUCACACCUCGGUUGCCGUUGCCCUCGGGUUCAUCCUGGUCCUGGGCAUCUUCGGCAACUUUCUGUUGCUCCUGGUUUUCUCUCGCUACCCUGGGCUGCGGACUCCAGCCAACCUGCUCCUGGUCAACAUCAGCAUCAGCGACAUGCUGGUCUGCCUCUUCGGGACUCCGCUCAGCUUCGCGGCCAGCGUGCGCGGCAGGUGGCUGACCGGGUCCUGCGGGUGCCGGUGGUACGGCUUCUCCAACGCGCUCUUCGGAGUCGUUUCUCUGGUGUCUCUCUCUCUGCUGUCGUUUGAGCGGUACGCCAUGCUGCUCAGCGGCUCCCAGCUCAACUCCUCACAUUAUCGCAGAGCCAGACUCUCCGUAGCGUUUUCCUGGCUCUACUCACUGGCCUGGACUUUACCGCCACUGCUGGGCUGGAGCAGUUACGGGCCGGAGGGUCCUGGCACCGUCUGCUCCGUCCAGUGGCGGCGCCGCUCCGUCACGGCCCGUUCCUACAUCAUCUGCUUGUUCGUCUUCUGCCUCCUCCUGCCUCUGCUGCUCAUGUUCUUCUGCUACGGCCGGAUCUUGCUGGCGGUCCGAGGCGUGACGAGACAGGCGGCUGGUAACAGCAAGUCGCAGGCCGAGGGUCGGAUCCUCCUGAUGGUGGUCGCCAUGGUGACAGGUUACCUGCUGUGCUGGACUCCAUACGCCGUUAUGGCGAUGCUUGCCUCGUUCGGACGGCCAGGAGCGGUGCCGCCUGCAGCUGCUUUGAUUCCCGCCCUGCUGGCGAAGACCAGCACCGUUCUCAAUCCGGUCAUAUGUGGGCUGCUCAACAACCAGUUCUCCAGAUGUUUCCUCGACAUGAUCAGCUGCAGUUCAGAGGAUUCUUCAGCCGACGUAUCGAGCAGCAGAAGCAUCUGGACUCAGAAUAUGCCAACAGAAGAGCCAAACACGGACCCUGCUUUGCUCCCAUCCACAGACCAUAAUGUUCAGCUACCUGUGCAGGUCUAAAUGGCUCACAGUGAAACUUAACAGCACCAAGAAGCUAUUUCUGUUGAGCUUUCUGCCACUCAUUUUUCUUAAUCUAGAAGUCAGAGGUGCUGUGUUGUUAAAGCACCACAAGAGGGCGCUAUGGACAGAAGAAAUAAGUAUAAUGCUGUGUAGAAAGAUGAUUGUCUUGUAAUAAACCAUCAAAAAAUGCCUGAUGACCAUUCAACCAAAAUAAUUUAUUAAGAAAAUAAAAGUACAUUUUGAAAAAUA